AUGAUCUCCUGCUCGGGGUGUUGUUCUGGUUGGGUGCCUCCUCUCUCCCAGUGUCUCUCGCGUUGCAGUAAAUGCCUCCUGUGUCUCUUUUCCCCAGAGAGUGGUGCUCAGCGCCAGACCAACCAUAUCGAGGAUCUGAACUCCAUUAAAACCAGGUUCUCCCUGCAACGUGUGUGGAAACCAGAUGAGAACUUGUGUUACAUCAUCCCUGGGCAAGAGAGCUCUCUGAGCAAAUGCAACUUCAACAGCACCACCAACACGUUCCUAAUCAUCCACGGCUGGAGUGUGAGUGGAUUGUUUGAGAGCUGGAUUGAAAAGUUAGUUAUCGCUCUGUACCAGAGAGAGCCUGAUGCCAAUGUCCUUGUUGUGGAUUGGCUUGAUCGUGCCCACCAGCAUUACCCAAUAGCAGCCCAGAAUACUAUGUUGGUUGGUCGAGACAUCAGCAAGCUAAUUGAUUGGCUGGAGAAAGAAAAACAGAUUCCUCUCGAUAAGGUGCAUCUGAUUGGAUACAGCCUCGGGGCUCAUGUGGCUGGCUUUGCAGGGAGUCACACAGCCAAUAAGAUUGGCCGGAUUACAGGACUGGACCCCGCUGGGCCAAUAUUUGAAGGAACCCACGCUCAUGGACGGCUUUCUCCCGACGAUGCCACUUUUGUCGACGUUCUCCACACCUUCACCCGGGAAUCUCUAGGAAUCAGCAUCGGGAUUCGUCAGCCAAUUGGACACGUGGACAUCUAUCCGAAUGGAGGGAGUUUCCAACCCGGCUGUGACCUACAGAAGGCUGUGAACAACAUUGCCACGUUUGGCAUCUUUGCGUUUUCGGAAGCUGUGAAGUGUGAACAUGAGCGAUCGAUCCACCUGUUCAUCGACUCCCUGCUGUACAAGGAACAGCCCUGCAAAACCUAUCGCUGUAACAACCCCAAAUCCUUCGAGAAGGGCAUGUGCCUGAACUGCCACAAAAAUCGCUGCAACACGCUGGGCUACGACGUCAAGCGGGUCGCCAGUAAGAAAAGUACCAGGAUGUACUUGAAGACCCGGGCCAACAUGCCAUUCCGAGUUUAUCAUUACCAGCUGAAGAUCCACUUCUGCAGCAAGGUCAACCACUUUGACAUCGACCCCGCCCUCUCAGUGUCUCUUCAUGGGACCAAGAGUGACGUGAAGGACCUUCCCGUCGAAAUUGUGGAGAUGUUUGCACCCAACAAGACCCAUUCAUUCUUGGUGGUGACCGAGGUGGAUAUUGGAGAUCUACUGCUGAUGAAGUUUAAGUGGGAGUCCUCCUUAACCUGGGGAUCGCUGUGGAAAAGGAUGCAGAGUUCCAUCGCUUGGUACAAACUUUCGCUGUGGGCCCCCUCCGUCAUUUCCAACUUCGAUAUCCAUGUGGAGAGGAUCCAGGUGAAGUGUGGAGAAUCUCAAAAAAAGACGACAUUCUGCUUAAAGGACUCUUCAGCUGGGAUCUCCCCCUCUCAGGAGGUCACCUUGGUCAAAUGCCCAGCCAGAAUCAAGACAGGGUCUACUGGGAGACACCAUGGUCACAACCACUGAGAGGCAUUAAUAGCGCCGUUUCCCUGAACCAACCAGCAAUGGCAACUAAUCAUUGAUCCUCAUAACAAGAUUGACCCUUUAGGUUUUGUGUUUACUUUUUGAAAUGGUAUUUAUUUGUAUAUGCUGUAAAAGCACUGUAAAUAUUCUGUAAAGUAGAUUCAUGUGACUGUUACCAAAAUAAUUUAGAGAUUUUAUAUAUAAUGGUUUCCAAAGAUGUGCAAUGUACAGUACAUAGAGAGAAAGAAAAAUCUGCAGCUGCUGGAAAUCAGAAAUAAA